UCCGCACAUUUGUUGACAUGAACGUGAAAUAUUUUUAAUAUUUGGAUGAUGCCGAAAAGAUCUGUUGUUGAUGGAGGCUCUGCUAAAUAUCACAAGCUGACAAAGUCUCACGAUGAUGGUUAUAUUGGUUUACAGUUUGAAAGACCACCUCCAAAAGUCCCUUACAAAGCUAUACUAUUAGCUACAGUGCUGUUUUCUAUAGGGACCAUCCUAUUGAUCAUUGGCUCUUUGCUGUUGACGGGCUAUAUCAGUGCAGAGUAUGCAGACAGGACAUGGCCGGUAAUAAUUAUAGGAGCCCUUAUGUUUAUACCUGGGGCCUACCAUGUAAGGAUAGCUUACUAUGCAUACAAAGGAUACAGUGGAUACUCAUAUGAUGACAUUCCAGAAUUUGACUGAAACCUGUAUUUAGCUUCAAACACUCCCUACAUUAUUCAUUCUUUUGAAAGAAACAUCUGGGGUGAAACCAUGUUAAUGCAUGUAGAAAUGGCAGCAUUCAGAGGAAAAAGUUUCCAUGAAUGCUCUUAAAAAUAUUGCUGAAACAAGCAAAACUGUUUUAAGGUUUUUUAACAUGUGCAAUCUACAUUUAGCUUUGUUUCUGUUCCUAUAGUUAUUCAUCUCCCCUUCUUUUAUGUUACCUGUAUAAACAUUAAUUGAUUUGUGAGUUACUUAUUUACCGGGUAUCAAAUAAAGAUGUACAGUCUGUGUGAGUAAUGUGUAUACAUGUAUCUUAAUUUUCCUCUAAAACUUUAUCUUGUGACAUUUAUGAUUUCAUUUUAAUG